UGUUUGUCGUCCAGUCGGCCGCGAAAAAUUCGUCCGCGGGCGUGGCCGGUCGGACGCCUGCCCCCGCAGUCCGUAUAUAAGGCCCACCGCGGUCACGGACGGACACAGGUCUCUCGUCAGCGAGCAGAGGAACAACGCGAGCACUAACAAUGAAGGUGGCUAUCGUCCUGGCUUGCGUGCUGGCGGUCUGCAGCGCCGGAUUCGUGGCGGGCCCCGCCGCGCUGGUGCGCACGCCGAGCUUCGACUCGGCCAUCAUCCAGUCUGACCGGCUGGGCGGCAACUUCGCCUACAGCACCGUCGAGGGCCACGCGUACGCCGCCGUCAGCCCCGUGGUGCAGAACGUGGUGCACCCCGUCGCCGUCUCGUACGCCGCUCACCACGUGCCCAUUGGACACGCCAUCAUCGGUCGCUAAAGGCCACCUUCACUGUGUCUCGAUGUCCUCUUCUCUGAUCUGUCUCCGAUGAACUCUUUCCUUCCCUUUUUUCUUCUAUUUAUAUAGAACAUCUGUCAAUAAAAAAAUUCUUCAUCAGUAA